CAUAUUGACGACCAUCCCAAACCGAUGCUUGGUGACCAUGGUGUCCGACUCCUGACGUGUCAGCCCCUGACGACUGACACCUGUGACACCAACGACAACACGUGUCUUCUCUGCAUGCGCUCUCCUCCCACGUAGCCUUCCACCACUCCCCUUAUAUUCCCUAUCCCCCCACCCUUUCAAAAAAAAAAAGAACUGCCAAAUUCAAAAUCCCAUUUCUACCCUUUCCCAAAUCGCCGGUUACAGAAAACUAUGGCACCCACAUCAAUUCCCCCAAGGCUAUUCGGUUGUGCCGCGGCCGCGGCGGUGGUGAUGACCGCUCUCCUUGCGGUGGCGGCCGCCGCUACAGUGGGUCAGGAGGAUGUGUCUAAUAUCAAAAUAGAGACAAAAAACCCGGCCGUCGACGACUCGAAAGACCAGAAUUCGGAGUCGUGGACGGAGUGGGCCAAGGAUAAGCUCGCCGAAAGCCUCCGUCUUAAGUCCGCCCAAGACGGGGCCAAGAAUGCCAAGGACAAGAUCGCCGAUUCCGCCUCGGGAACAGGAGAGUAUGUUGCAGAUAAAGCGGAGGAGAACAGGCAUGCCGCCAGCAACAAACCCCGGGAAGCCAAAGACGCGACGUCCGACGCGGCGGAGAAGACGAAGCAAAAGGCUUCUAAUACGAAAGACGCGACGUACGACGCCUCGGAGAAGGCGAGGCAAAAGGCUUCUGAUACCGCUGGGAGCGCAUACGAAAAGGCGAAAGAGAAGUCCGCCGAGACCGCCAACCAAGCGUAUCAGAAAACCGGGGACGCGAAGGAAUGGGCGUACGAGACCGCCAAAGGCGCCGGGGAAAAGGCGUCGGGGACGGCGGAGAAAGCCACGGAGGCGGCAGAGGAGGCGGCGGGGGAGGCGGGGGAGCAGGGGAAGGAGAAGAUGGGGUGGGCGGCGGAGAAAGCGAAGGAGGGGUACGAGGCGGCGAAGAGCAAGGCGGGGGAAGCGUUGGAGUCGGCGAAGGAGACGAUCGCGUCGAACCUCGGGGCGGCGACGGAGAAGACUAGGGAAGCGAAGGAUAACUUGGUUUGCAGCGACAAAGCCAAGUGCAAGACGAAGAGGGACGACGAGCUCUAGAUUAUAAUUAUGUGCUUAUUAUGAACAUGGAUAAAAUUGUAUAUCCAUAUUUUUCCCUCUCCUCAAUUAAGCUUCUGUCCUUCU